AUGCUGCCUCCUAUUCUGGGCCUGCAGUCCCUGGCCGGACCAGAGGUGGCGCGCAGUUGUGCAAGGUACACCGCCCUGCGCAUCGUUCCCGAAAAUGCCACCAACGUGGGAAUGCAAUCAGCACAGAACAAGAAGUUAUCGACAAUGACGUCAUGCGACGAGAAGAAGGAUUUGUCCCACACCGAGCCAUCAACAAUGGCGAGCAGUGAGGAGAAAAAGGAGCCGCCGCCUCCGACUUAUACCGAGCGGCCGCUUGGUGGAGUCUUCCCGGACGAGAUUGCGAAAAUCAAGAAAGAGGCCCGAGUAGCAAACCCGCAGCGGCGGAGGAAGAUCGUGAUCGGCGUGAUCUGUGCUGUGCUGGGGAUACUACUUUUGUUGGGGCUGAUCAAACUGGGACUGCAUCUUUCAAAGGACCCAGUCGUCAAGCGGAACCUAAAGUUCCGUGAUGGAAACAAGCUGUACUGGGAGACCGUCGAGACCGACGAAGACGAGGGUACCGACACCUUCUACACCGAGGGUGAAAACGGCGCAGCGGCGGUCAUGUUCGACCACAACAAGGACCUGAAGGCUUACAAGUUCUCUGGGCGAGACAUCUGCUACAUCGUGCCCGAAGACGAAGGAGAAGACGAGAAAGCAAAAGAAGCUGCAAAGGAACUGGAGAACAAAGAGGAGGGGUCCACCCAAGCCUCCAAGAAGGGUGGGCGCCGGAAGAUGUCCCUGGACGAGUCCCGUACAGACACCCUUGAGUUGAGUGAAGCGAUGCGGCUCUUCUGCGGCGACCUGAAGCCCCGCUGGGCCACCAUCGAACUGCCGGACAGCGAGGAGGCAACCGGGGGUAUUGUGCUGAUCCUUCCCGGUUCGCCAGGUGGCGCCUCUGAGACGCAGAGCCGCGUGAGGCGUGGAUGGCUCUGGGGACGCCGUCGCAGCAACAGGCGCUGGCACGUGUCAGGCCAUUGUUGCUGGGGAGUCAGCAUCACCUGGACUUUCUAAAGUCUGUCAAUAAAAACCGAGCAUAGUAACAAAAGCAAUGCUCUGAGACAACUACAAGUAGUUUGCCGCAAACUUUCAUUGCGAAGCUGUAGAUUUACUUUGUGCAAUCUAAAUUUAAAUUGUUACACAUGCACAACGGUCGAAUGUAAGAUUAAGUUCAUGAAACGGGGAAAGAGCGACGAUGGCUGUGUACUAGUACUAAUGACAACAUGUACGUCUUUGAUAUUGUUAGUUUGUCACAGUGGCGUUUCUUGAUUAAAAACUAUAUGCAGGAGCAUUGGUGUUCAUGAGGUAUGCUAACAGAUUUUUUUGUUUGUUUAAUAGUGCUUAUGAUUGCUACAAACUUUUUAAGCCAGGAAUAAAAUUUUAUUAUGGCUGA